AUGAAUUUACUAUUAAUAAAGACAGUUGCAGCUAUAUUGCCGAUAGCAAUUCAUAUAAUAGGUUUGAUUUCGUUGUAUUAUGCCAAAACUUACCAAAUCGAACCCAACACGUAUAUACUUCUAGUAAAUUUAAGUUUAUCAGAGCUGGCUAUCGUGGCUUCACAAUUGAGCAGACACAUCUUGCAGCUAUGUCAUGCUGAUUCGGUUUAUGUGUACUAUCUGGCAGUGAUUGAGUUUCUUGGAGCUUCUGUUCUUUACCUGCUUUUUAUGAUUGUACUAACUGUUGACCGAUACUUAAGGAUACACUUUAACAUAAGGUAUCAAAUAAAGUUUACGAGACGGCGUACAAAACACUUCAUGUUAACAAUUUGGUUACUUGUUUUCAUUGGAACUGCGUUAUUUAUGGCUAUACACAAAGCAAACGAAAAUAGUUUGAUGAGGAUAUGUUAUUUAUACUUAUAUCCGACUGCUGAUGUAAUAUUUCUUGUUGCAGCUAUUUACACGUAUUUUUUCGCGUUAAAGAAGAUGAGACAUAAUAAGAUAUUGGCACCUCCAAUGAGGUGCCAAAACUGGCGAAGCGUGAAAGAAAUUAAAGUGAAACAAUAUAAAGGAUUGCUGGCCGUGACAUUGAUCAUUUCAACCUUCCUUGUAUUUAUUGUUUCCAUGGAUCAAAUGAUCUUUUACUCAAUCCUUCUUGACAUCAACUUGUCCAUAUACUUAGAGACAUAUAUGUUUGUUUCUUACAACAUUGGAUUCUCCACUGAUGUUUUUAUCUAUAUUUUCGUAGUGCCAGCUGUGAAGAGGGCAUUCAGAAAGAAAAUAUUGCGCAGAACGUGA